GUGGGGAGAUUAGCGGGGUUUGGCUCGCUUUGGGAGGGAUUUGGGGCUCCCCUGCGUGCUGCUGGGGUUGUGUGAGCACAGGGGAGCGCUUCAGGAAGCCCUGGGGUGUGUUUAGGAGGAGCCCGAGCUCUGCUGAGGCGCCUAAAAUUGUCCUGUAAAUGUGUCCUCGUCACCCCUCCAUGCCAGCCACCUCCAUGCCAGCCUGCUCCUGGCAGGUGCAGGGGGUGUGGGAAGGGGUCUGGGGCCAGAAAGCAGGCCUUGGUACUUGUGGUAAAGAAAUUUCUAAAGAAAUGCCUGAGCACAGAAUUGGAGGAAGCAAGUGCUUCCUGCUUGCGUAGAGGUUAAUUCCUGGGCUAGCUAGGGGUAAUGCUGGGCAAACAAACAGCAAAGCUCAUGUUCCACGUAGGACUUUGGGUCUAGUUGAUGGAAGUGGAUGAAGCCGUUUGAAGAGGACGGGGAUGCUGCUGACCAGAAGCACAAGGCCUGAGAUAUCUGUUCAGCCUUCUCUCCUGCCUGCCUGUUAAGACAUCACUUUACCUGGAUUCACAGCGAUGUGAGCAGUGUUGGGACACAGCUGAGUUCUUUUGCAAUAAUUUGGUAAACAAUGAAGGUUCUGUUACUGAAGGACCCCAAAGACAAAGAUUCAGGACCAGAUCCGUAUGUUAAAGAACUAGGAUUAUAUGGACUUGAAGCAACUUUGAUUCCAGUUCUGUCAUUUGAAUUUGUAUCUCUUGAAAGCUUAUUUGAAAAGCUCUCUCAUCCAGAAUCUUAUGGGGGCCUAGUUUUCACUAGUCCAAGAGCAUUAGAAGCCAUCAAGAUAUGUUUGAAAGAGAAUAGUAAAAGUGAAGCCUGGUCAAAAUCUCUUAAACAAAGAUGGAAUACCAAACCCGCAUAUGUGGUAGGAAAAGCUACAGCUUCUCUAGUGGAAGAAAUUGGUCUUUCCCCACAAGGAGAAAAGACUGGAAAUGCUGAGAAAUUAGCUGAAUAUAUUUGCUCAAGAGAGAAGGGUAAUUCAUCAUGCCUGCUUUUUCCUUGUGGAGCCCUGAAAAGAGAAGUACUUCCUACAGCACUUAAGGAAAAAGGCAUACCUCUGGAAAGCCUUACUGUAUAUCAAACAACGGAACACACCAAUCUCCAGGAAUCACUGAGCAGUUAUUUCUCACAACAGGGAAUCCCAGCAAGUAUUGUGUUCUUCAGUCCAUCUGGUGUCAAGUUUUGCCUCCAGCACAUUCAGAAGCUAUCUGGGGAUUUUAUCAACCAUGUGAAGUUUGCAGCUAUCGGUCCAACAACUGCUGAAGCCAUGGAAGCAGCAGGAAUCCCAGUAAGCUGUACUGCAGAGAGUCCAACUCCCCAAGACCUUGCUGCUGGGAUCCAAAAAGCACUUCGCCUACAGAACUGCGUUUGUUCUAAGAACACAGCACAUAUUUCAAGCUGAGUGUGGUUCCUUAGAAGGCUCUUAAUUUUGUAGACCUGUUAUCCUACAAGAAAUUGUUUGGGAAUAUGCAAUGCUGUCCUUGUCAGCAGCUUGUGAGAGCAGCUCGCAUCUAAAUAUCUAAGAAAUCUAGAAUUUGUCCAGCAUGUUUUAAAGCCUCUGGCUAUUCCCCUUCAUCAUGUGUGCAGUGUAAAUAUUUUGUGCAGGCAUUCCUGGAAAACUAGCUGCAAGAGGCUAAUCUGCAUCAGUGUUAUGUUGACAUUUCAGGUUGAGUGUGUUACCUCAGGUAUCUCCCCCUAGUACACAGGUUCUCAUUCCUCUGCAUAGUCAGUUUCAUAUGCACAUCUAUUUCUUUUGUAAAAGAAAAUCAUACAAUGAAGUAUAUUCUAUUUUAAAGUUUACUUGUUUUGUGCUUUCAAAUAUUUAUAUUAAAAUGAUUGUAGAUCCUCACUGGAAUAGGACAAUUCCUGGAGUAAAGUUGCACUGUGUGGAGCUGAUAGCAGGUCAGUUAUUGACACUUAAUAUCCCUACAGUACAGGGUCUUAAAAAUUAGGUUUUGAUUUCUGUUUCUGUAAAGAAGGGGGAUUUAUUAACAGAAAUAAACUGGCUUGUCAUUGUUAAUAAUGGUGUUAGAGUUGUCUGAUUUGGUUGCAGCUUAUGCUUUAAUUGUUUAUCUGUGAAAGGAGAAAAAGUAAUCCUAUUUGGCAUAGAUGAUACCUUCAGCCAAUGCUAUGAAAUUCAUAGAAGAUUUAAAUCAUAAUGCAUUCAAUUAUAAUCCUCAUGAAAGUCACUUUUGUUGUUAGUGUAGUGCCAAGGUUCAUAAAAUAACAGAAAUCCUUAUUUGCUCUAAGUUUUUAUUAGCUUAAUUCUGAGUAUAUGACCU